GUUGUAAGGAAGAAGAUUAAAAAUGAAUUCAGUUUUUCUUGUUUCUGUUUUUCGCUUUGGCGCUCUGAUAUCAUGUGACAAUAUAUAUGUAAUAUGUAUACACAGGUGUGGAAGAGACUGGCUUCAGAGGAAGAGGUGGAUCGGAAACGCAGACGCGGCAAUAUUCCCAAGGUCGGCACUGUCAAUGCCUGUCCGUCUUCCCCUACUGGUGGUGAGCGACGGUUCCUCCAAUCGAAGCGCUGCAGGGUGAACGAAAGCGAUUGGCCACGGUUCAAUUCCCUCUUGGCUCGCCGUUCUUCUGUGCCAUUUCUGACUACACAAGUGGUAUCGGUUGUUCCAAACCGACAUAAUCAGGGAGCUCGAUCUGUGCGAUGUUCACAGAAAACGGCUGGUUCUGGUUUGCCAGAGGUUUGUUGUGGCGUUGCACUGCAGAGUGAUGGAGAUUGCUGUCGCGAUGGAAUGAAGCAGGCGUCAUGUUGUGACGACCCGCUUGUCCUUUGCGGUGCAGAUGUGGAGAAAGUGAGAGGGGAGAUUUGGAGCGUUAAUGGUGCGGGUUUAGGAGAAGUGCAACGGCUCUCAAGCGGGAAUGUCGGCAAAACUUUCGAGAGGAGGGGAGGAGUUGUGCAACGACUCUCAAGUGCAGGUAAAGCUUGCGAGAGUAGGGGAGGAGUCGUGUGUGUCAAUGACACGGAUUUGGGAGAGAGGCAAGGGGUUUACAGGGUCUCGAGUACUAGUGAUGGAGACUUGGGAGAGAGGGUGGGAGUGCCAAGUGUUAGUGGUUGCAAUCUGAACGAGAGACCGGAGGUCCAAAGUGUCAGUGGUGCCGGUUUUCGUGAGAGACCGCAGGUCCGAAGUGUCAGUAGUGUGGGGUUUGUUCAGAGACCAAAGGUGCCAAUUGGUAGUUGGGCAGGUGUAGAAGAGAGGCCAGAGGUCCCAAGGUUCAGUGGUGCAGGUUUAGAAGCGAGACCGGAGGUCCAAAGCGUCAAUGGUGGCUCCAGUGAGAGACUGCAGGUCCACAGUGUCAGUCGUGCCGGUCUUAUUGAGAGACCAGGGGUACCAAUUGUUAGUGAUGCAGGUUUAGAAGAGAGACCAGAGGUCCCAAGUGUCAGUGAUGCAGGUUUGGAAUUGAGACCAGAAGCGGUCCCGAGUUUCAGCAGUGCCGCAGGCUCCAAUGAGAAACUACAGGUCCAAAGUGUCACUCGCGCUGGUCUUCAUGAGGGACCAGAGGUCCCAUUUGUAAGUGGUGCAGGUCUAGAAGAGGGACCGGAGGUCCCAAGUGUGAGCUGUGCAGGUUUAGAAGAGAGACCAGAGGUCCCAAGUGUCAGUGAUGCAGGUUUGGGAACGAGAGACCAGGUUUCAAAUGUCGAUCGUGAAGGUCCGGCAAAGCAGCAACGCGAUUUGAGUGGCAGAAUUAGUGCAGAUGUACAAGACAGAGAAGUGCUGAGUUCCAAUAGAGGAGACUCGAAAGAGAGAGCGGUCCCACCUACCCCAGUGGAGCUUGCUGAUCUGGGCCCACGAGGGGUGGUGAAGCCAGAGGAGGAUGGUUUAAACGGAAGCUUGCUCGCCAAAGAACGCAUUGGGAGGGAAGGAAGGGAAGUGGAUGGAAGGAACCUACACCUCUCUUCGCCAUGUCAUCAAGAUGAUGGUGCCGCUUAUGCCCGCAUCCCGUCUGCAAAUGACGGCGCUCUGCCACCAGACAAGGUUGUCGCUGAAAGGAUAAGUGGAUGCUUGACUGCUGAAUCUGGUCCUCCUUGUAACAAAUAUCCAUCGUUCCCUCACAGGCAGACUGUACUGGGUUUCCAUGAGGAGAUUGGUGGCGGAGCCAAUGAUAUUGCUGGUAGCUUGUCUCGCUCCGUUGGCGAAACUUACGGGACGCCUCCGGUGUUGUUGUGUUGCAAUUUGCUUCCUUCAAUGGGAAGCGAGGACAAUGUCAGCUCGGGGGAGUUGCUGCGUCCGCUGUCAACGCCUCCCGUUUUUUCUUCGGACAAUUUUCAAGAGAAUGAUGGUAUCGUUGGCGAUGACGAGGAGAGUAUAGGCGGGUGGAAGGCGGAUCCGCCUGCCUCAUAUGAUGAAUAUGCGUAUUGGCGGCGAUAGUUGGUACAGUGACACGUCUGUGAGAGGUAGGAUGUCAAGUUGUGUUGAAGAGAUGGCUGCAGAGUAGCUUGCGUUAGAGGGGGAUGACACUUUGACUUAGGGCGUACUCACACUACCGCUAUCGUAAAUGCACCUGACCGCAUUUACGGCCCGACUCGUAUGCAAUUCCGUUCAUAAAUAAGCGAGAAAAAGUUGCUAGUGUAUGAGUAUGCCCUUAUUUUGUCAAUCUUUCAGUAGUAGGAGGAUAUGGUCGGCAGAGGUGCCGAUCACGGUUGUCGGAUGGCUGGCUAGCGCUCACUAUGUAAAUACAAAAUGGAUUGACCUCCGUGCGGGAUGCGAUUGGCAGAGCUCCAUGCUAUGGUCAUGAGAUCCAUCGCUGGUUCAUUGUUAUACGACUAUAGUCAACAGGAGCUGCUCCAUAUCCAUCGAUGGUCUUCCACCGAUGGCAGUGGGUGGGCUUAAUUGCAGAAACCAAUCAGGUAACCUUGACCAUUCUAAUAAUACUUACCUUGUGCCGCCGUGCAUAACCCUGUACUAUUAUCUUGCAUGUAUUUGACGAGGAUAAAGCGUGUAUACAUUC